GGUCUCAUACUGAUGGAAAAAGUGACGGCAUAAUUGGGUGAAGAUAUGGCCGCGAAUGCUGAGAUGCACCUAGGUCGGGACGGUCACGGUCUAACUUUCCCUGAUGAUAAAGGGGAAACUAUUAAUGUAGUUGCUCUUACAAGAACUAAAGAAGGCUGGCCAGAUCCAAAUUAUUCCACACGUGCGGCGGCUAAGCAAGAUGCACUGAAUGGCUAUGCUUGUUGGAGCAAGAACAUCAUUCACAUCUUUAGCCUGCUCAAUGGAGAUGCUGACAUUUGGGCUAUCUUUGAUAUACUCGACCACCCUCCGACCACCCACGCCCAAAAAAGAAAGAUUAUAAUCGGGAAUGCAGCACAUGCAAUCAGCUCUCACCAUGUUUCAGGUGCAGGCUCUGACGUUGAGGACUCUACCUUGUCAGCCGAGGGUGUUGGAGGAGAUAUUGAGAAGAUUGUAACAGAGGCGCAUGAGCGAUCUGAGAAAAUUUAGCAGGGAGAUAUUUAAAAAUGACUGCUGAGGCGAUGAAUAAAUGUCAUGAGUUAUUGCGACAGCUAGUUUUAGAGAGGUGGUAAAUAUAAGGUGUCUA